UCUCGGGGGCACGCGAUGCUCGUUCCCGUAAAUAUGAAAUGUGUCGUUACCUAGCCUUUGCAAGUGGAGAAUUUGCGGUGUAGCCAAAUGAGCGUCGCGACCUACUCGCGCUGUCUGAUGCGGCGGUUGAGUGUCACAGAAGUCCGGGGAUUCACGUUGUUCCAUAGGGCCUACUUCCAUAAUUCUCUCUGCAUUGAUGAAAUACUUUCCUCUGAAUAGUUAGACAAAUAUUAUCGCCAAACGCUCAGAAUUCUGCUGGAGAAACUGUGAGCGAAACAAAUUUGUGUGGAUUACCCCCAUAUUGUUCUCAUCGAAAGCAGGUUGUCUUGAACGCAUCGUAUGUCCCCUCCUUCCUCAGAAGGUGCCGUGGAGGGCAUAGUGACUUGUCAUGAACGAGCCCGUAGAGAGCGGUGUAGUCUCGUUUGACGAGUACGUGCGCCAGAAGGCCCGCAGUGUGCCCCAGCACCGUAUGAAGGAGUUCCUGGAGUCUCUGGCCAACAAGGGCCCCGAGGCACUGCAGGAGUUCAGCCAGCAGGACGGUGACACCACCACCAUGGUGUACCAGCAGGGGGGCAACUGUGUCUACACAGACAGCACUGAGGUGGCUGGCUCGCUGCUGGAGCUGGCCUGUCCGGUGCAGGUGAACUCUGCACAGAUCUCACCCCAGAUGGCUGUUGGUGUGCACCAGGGGUCUGAGCAGCAGAUACAAGUACAGGUGCAGAUCCAGGGACAGCAGGGUCAGACGGUGGACCUCCAGGGCAUCCCCACAGCAGCACAGCUGGUCCAGCAAGGAGAGCUCACAGAGGAGCAGCACCAGCAGAUCCAGGCCCAGUUGGUGGCAGCAGUGUCAGGAGGUCAACAGAUUAGACUACAAAGCGGUCAACAAAUCCAGCAUAUUCAACUACAAGGGGGUCAGCAAAUUCAGCUCCAAGGAGGACAACACAUCCAGCUUCAAGGGGACUUACAGGGUGGCCAACAGAUCCAACUUCAAGGGGGUCAGCAGAUCCAACUUCAAGGGGGUCAGCAGAUCCAACUUCAAGGGGGUCAGCAGAUCCAACUUCAAGGGGGUCAGCAGAUCCAACUUCAAGGGGGUCAGCAGAUCCAACUUCAAGGGGGUCAGCAGAUCCAACUUCAAGGGGGUCAGCAGAUCCAACUUCAAGGGGGUCAGCAGAUCCAACUUCAAGGGGGUCAACACAUCCAACUUCAAGGGGGUCAACAAAUCCAGCUACAAGGCGGGCAACAAAUCCAGCACAUUCAGCUACCAGGUGGUCAACAUAUUCAACUACAGGGUGGGCAGCAGAUCCAGUUCCAGACAGUAGAGGCCAUGUCUCCUCAGCAACAGCAGGGCUCUCCCCGGGAGGCAGAGAGGAGGGCGGGUACCAGCGUCCUCCAACCUGCCAAGAAGCGCAAGGUGGACGUCCCCAUCCAGGUGUCGUACUCCCUCCCUCAGGGCCAGCAGGGCCAGCAGGUGGUCCUGGCCCUCCCCCAGGGGCAGGGGCAGCAACAGCAGUUCCUGUCCCUCCGGCCCGACCUGCUUACUGUGGACAGCACCCACCUGUACAGCACCACAGGUACCAUCACAGGCCCUGCCGGGGAGACCUGGACCAUCCCUGUGUAUUCCGGGGGGCAGCAGGGGGGCGUGCAUCACAUCGCCAUCCCCCAGGAGGCUUACAACACAAUGCAGGUGUCCUCUGGUCACCACGAUAACAAGGACAAUAGGGUGGCCCACUCCUCGUCGUCGGGGACUGGGUCCGUCCAGUCGGGCACCACGGUGUCAGUCUCCGAGACGACGACAAACGACGAAGUGGUGCAGACGCUUUUCCCGGCGCAGUUCAUGAACGGGAACAUCCACGGCCCUGUGGUGGUGCAGACGGUGGGAGGGGCUUACAACACCACGCAGCAGCUCCACAUCUGGGACCCCCAGCAGCAGCAGGAACACCAAGAGCAACAGCUCCACCUACAGGGUCAUGUGGAGUCAGAGUCACAGGUGGAGGCCCCCCAGGAGCUGCUGCUGCCUGUCUCCCUGAAGCCUGAGGAGGGCAUGGACGUGUGGCGCCUCUGGGUCCAGCGCAAGAACACAGAGCUGGACAAGGACGAGCAGAACAAGCUGGCGCCCAUCGGACGUCGUCAGGCACUGCGCUUCCAGGAGGACCUGGUGUCGAGUGCGGUGGCUGAGCUCAACGUGGCUCUGGCCCUUAUGACCCAAGAGGCCCGGGGGUUGGAAGGAGAACAGUUUGAGCCUGAUGCCCUCUACUACAUCUUCCUGUGUAUACAGAAGUACCUCUUUGAAAACGGACGGGUGGAUGAUAUCUUCUCUGACCAGUACUACACACGCUUCUCCCAGUGGUUACACAAAGCCCUGGACGAGUGGAGGCCUGUCAUCCAUCCACUAGGGUACAUCAUUCCCAGUCACGUGACAGAGGAUAUGCUGUGGGAGUGUAAACAGCUGGGUGCCCACUCACCAGCCACGCUGCUCACAACACUCAUGUUCUUCAACACUAAGUAUUUCCGUCUAACAACGGUAGAGCAGCACAUGAAGGUGGCCUUCUCUAAAGUGCUGAGGCACACAAAGAAGAACCCGUCCAACCCAAAGGAUAAGAGCACCAGUAUCCGCUAUCUGAAGGGCCAUGGGCCCUUAGGAACACACCAUGCAGGGCAGAAAGUGACCGAUGACAUGUAUGAGGAGCAGGCUGAAGAUCCUGAGAACCCUCUGCGAUGCCCAAUUAAGCUGUAUGAUUUUUACCUCUUCAAAUGUCCCCAGAGUGCUAAGGGGCGUAACGACGCGUACUACCUGACACCAGAGCCCGUCGUGGCGCCCAACAGUCCCAUAUGGUACUCCACUCAGCCAAUCACGAGUGAGCAGGUGGAGCACAUGCUCACGCGCAUCAUCAUGGUGCGGGAGAUCCAGGAGGCCAUUGCCAUGUCGUCGGCCAGCAUGCACUGAGCAGGGGAGGGGAGGAGGAACUGAAAUGGACACACUAACCCCCGAAAUCAGCCUUCCUCUCUCUCAAGCGUUCCUCUUUGUGGUUCCUCCUUCACUCAGUAACUAACUCUAAGGACCUCCAGUGGCCUCAGUCUCAACCCAUCACACCUGCCAACCAUAGGAGUGGGGGAGCGAUCGAUAGUGUUUACAGAGUGGACUUAUGGGCCUUUUUUUAAGGAAUAGACUCCUGCGUUUAUUCAUCUAAUGGCAGUUCAAUGGCAGUUAUGUCACCCUCAAUGCUGUUAUCUUUUUGGGGAUGGUCACACGUGUACGUAAGCCACCACUUCACCUAAACCCCCACCUCACUUCACCAUAGAAUUGUUUCCUGGACUGACGAGACGAGUGAGAUGGAUUUUGACAAAGUCACUAAAUCAGAGCUCAUCAUGUACUCCUGAAGGCUGUUGCAGCCCCCAAUAAAGAUGACAUGGUCAGAAAUGGAUGGUGAAAUAUCGGAUAUAUAUUCAGUCAUAUAAAUAUAUUAUACACAUAGUGACUUCAGAAAGUAUCCGUACCCCUUGACUUAGUCCACAUUUUGUUACAGCCUGAAUUAAAACGUUUAUUUUUUAUUAUUAAUCUCACCCUUCUACACGCAAUACCCCAUAAUGACAAAGU